UGGCAACCAAAAAUCACCAACCAAAAUGGCGGGCGUCUGCUAUCAGGGAAUUCUACAUCACCAGUGAAAAUUGGUUUAUUUACCGGAAAAGUUGACAGUGGCAGUGUAAGUGGAAACAGCAGCCGGGACGAUGUGCGAACUCAUUUUACAACCAGAGAGGGAGUAUAUAAGUUGAUAACAUUAGCCGAAUACUCCAGGGCAAAUCGGCUGUCUGGUUACACUGCCAUCCAAAGCCAGCAAGGAGCUGCGCUCGGUCAAGGUUCAAACCCUCCAGUUAGGGUUACUUUUGUGUCUCUGCCAUCUGAUCCAUCAGGUUUUUGUGACCGCAUAUGUUUCAACUAUGGAAGGGAACUCUACUUCUACACCUACAAGGGAACCAAGAAACCAGCAGACUUGUCCAAGCCUGUUGAUAAAAGGAUUUACAAAGGAACCAGCCCCACUUGCCAUGAUAUCAAUAAAUUAACAAUCAGCAGUGAAAGUGUUAUGCUUCUAGUUGGUUUCACUGGCGGACAAAUCCAAUUAGUAGAUCCAAUAAGGAAAGAAAUAGGAAAACUUUACAAUGAAGAGAGAAUAAUUGAAAAGACGAAAGUAACAUGUAUCAAGUGGCUGCCAGGUUCCCCCAAUUUGUUCCUAGUUUCUCAUGUUUCGGGACAGAUGUAUCUGUACAGUGAAGAUGUGACGUGUGGUGGACCAGCACCUCCGACCUAUCAACUUUUUAAGCAGGGGGCCGGUUUUUCGGUCUGGACUUGUAAAGCCAAAAGCACUCGGAAUCCCAUUUACAGGUGGGUGAUUGGAAACGGCGCCAUCAACGACUUUGCCUUCUCACCUUGCUCGAAAUACUUGGCGGUUGUGUCGCAGGAUGGGUGUCUGCGCGUUCUCAAUUAUGAUGCCAUGGAAUUGAUCGGACUGGCAACAUCCUUUUUCGGUGGCUUGCUCUGCGUCUGCUGGUCACCCGACGGGCAGCUGGUAGUGGCCGGCGGCGAGGAUGAUUUGGUGACGGUUUGGUCGUUCCAACAAAAAAGAAUCGUGGCUCGAGGACAGGGCCAUCGAUCCUGGAUCACGGUGGUGGCGUUCGACCCUUUCACGACCCUGUAUUCAUCUCAAUCCUCGUCUUCCAAGUCGUUGUCGAAAGAAGGAGUCGAUACUUCGGUCACGUCCAACGGGACGGGCGGAAUCGACGGCGAGGCGGAAACGAAAUCCUCUAGCGACAUUGCCACCUGUUACCGUCUAGGAUCUAUAGCCAUGGACACUCAGCUGUGUCUUUGGGAGUUGACGGACGACGUCCUGAAACAGCCUUACGGUUCCCGGAGCCGAGCUUCAAUGGUCUCAGGACCAGGAUCGCCACCUUCUAGUCUGAAAUUCACUGGCCAGACGCCCAUUUCCGGCGAUCGGAGUAGUAGCAGCAGCAGCAACAACGUUGUCACCAUCACCCCGGUCAACAACUUGACCGUUUCUCCAGCACCCAGUAGUGCGACUGCCACGCCUGUCAACGCCGCAGGAUCUCUCACUCAGCGGCUGGCGAAUAUGACAUUUUCCGAUAGAAAGUCGGGCCAGCAACAGGAGGCAGCAGCAACCGACUCGAAAUCCCACCGAAAGAAUUUCAGCCUUGGCAGCGGCCGGAAUUCCACUUCGGAUCGGUCGGGUAACGCGGCCAAUUCGUUGGGUUUGAAAUCCGUUUCUUCAGUCUCGUCCACUUCCUCCUCUGCGGGUACCACCACAGCGAACCCGUCGCUAGUGACGGGCUGUGCUGAUCCGCUCCGGUUAAUCGGCACGCAAGCCUGCCCGCGACUGGACGAGAUCCCCAUGCUGGAGCCGCUCGUUUGUAAGAAAGUCUCCCACGAGCGGCUGACGGCGCUCAUCUUCCGUGAGGACUGCCUCAUCACCGCCUGCCAAGAUGGCAUCGUCUGUACCUGGGCUCGGCCAAUUGGCCCGUCUCCACACCACACUUCCACCAGCACACCCACCAAUGAAGGCACCAUGGUCUGAGAUGAUGAUGAGAAAAAAUUAUCCAUUCGUUACGUUCAUCUCCCGUUCCUUUUUGUUUUUCCGCAAUUAGCGACCGACGACAAUUAUCGUGUAGCCCUGUCAAGAUUCUUCUUCAUUAACCCCAAUUCCAAACGAGCCAUCUUGACCUACUCUUUUUCGCCCUCCAGUGAACAACCAAGUUUUUGUUGUUUCUUCUUGUCUAUCAUCAUCAGUUCAUUUUUAGGUUUCUCUUUCUCUCUCUUUAACUGUGUCGUUAAACCCCAAACGGCCCUCAAUUUUUCCCUCCCCUGGUGGUGGUUGGUGACGAUAUAACAACUUAGGGGCCCCGGAUAUGAUUCUAACGGCAUUUUGCUGAUUCCUAAUCUCACCACCUAUCGUGCAUUCUCCUUUCUUAUCUCUUUCUUCUCCUCCUCCUCCUGUUUUCUUCGAUUACCUACAGGGUAUAAGAUGCUGUCACGUGACCUAGUGCUCCUGGCAAACCAAUGAUGAUGACCAGUUGUUAUAACUAUUACGAAAAGAAAAAAUGUUAUUUCUCUCUCUUUAAAACAAUCUUUCCCUUCAAAUUGCAUCUAUACAGACGAAAUUAUGUUUCUCUCUCUCGUUUUCUAUUUUUCUCCCUUCUAAAUUUCUUAUUGCCGAGUGUGGUGUCGAUUCAUUUCACAUCCAGAAACGAAUCGAAAAUGUUUUUGUUUCAUUUUUUGUUGUUGAUCGAGCGAUACCGAAUUGUUUUCAAUCGGACCGCGGGACUCGGGUGGUCUGGAAAAUGGAAAGAAGAAGAAAAAAGAAGUUCACUACUGAUUCACUACAGUAUACCAACCCCUUGUUCCAUAUACAUAGAAUGUUGUAACAUAGACUGAAAAACAAAAAUUGAUUUAUGGAUUUAUCACUGAAAUACAAGAAAAGGAAUUGUU